CCCAACUCCUCCUUCCAUUUCCUAAUUUAUAGGAUUCCCAACCUCAACGGCUGGCCAAACAAAGCUUUUCACUGUCACCCACAGCAACGUUUUCUGCCGCUUAAAUAGGGCUCUCUCUUAGCUGUGUUUGAGUGCAUCAAACCACCAUUUCGUCCUCCGCCACCAUCGACCUCUCCUCUUCUUUCUCCAUUCUGCUCAAGCCUCGCUAGGAAAGGUUUCAAGAACGGAUUCGACGGAGCUUCCAGUGAGAAGCUGUUGCGUUUAUCACUCUGGCCGACACUCUAGUGAAAUCUUCUCGCACCUUGUGGGAGGUGUGGGUUCCAUCAGGAGGCAUUGUUCCCUUUCUUUCUACUACUUUGCUCUUCCAUUUUACACGGUCUGUGGUUUGGCGUCUUCCCAUUGACUACGGCUAACCUACGCAUCAAUCUUCUUCAUUGUAUUCGCUACUUCUUAAGGAUCCCUUUUUUGCAGUCUGUAAUAUAUCAGUUUUUAGCCAUUAGAAACCUAAAUACCAAUAAGACAGAAAUUUAGUGAGGAGAAGAAGAAAAUCAGGAAAAAGAAGCAAAUUGUUUCGUGUUCUGUGUUUGGUAUUUUUUAAUUGAAACCAUUAUGCCAUCUGAAAUGGCCAAAUUCAGUUGUUUCCCUGUGCUAGUGGGGAGGAAGAAGAAAUCCAAGGUUGAGCAGGAAUCUUCAGACCUUCAUUAUAGUAAGGGGCUUGGAACCCUGCAAGUAAAGCUGGAACACCCACUGAAGUCGUCUGAGUGCGAUAAAUUGAAUUCGACUUCUUUCAGUGUGUCGGCACCCUUUGGGAUCCAGGAGAAUUCCACCUGCAAGGUGAAGGUGCUUGGUGAUGAGAAGCUUCUUCGGUCUGAAGCAGCUGAGGCAGCUUACGAAGGGGAAGACGAGCAUGAUGAGAACUUGUCUAUCAAGAGGGAUUUCUCUUUCUUGGAUCUCCAUGCUCAUGAAUCUGCAAAAGGAGAAGAAGAACUGUACCAGUCACUUGACACAAAUACGGACUCUUUCGAUUCAAACGAUAACGAGACGGACAUAAAUUCGGAGAGGGUCAUCAAUUUGGAUGCUGAAGUGAUCCAAAGUGGGCAUGUUAGCGAUCCAGGGAUCAGCAAAGUUGAAUUCUGGGCUUCUCCAGGACUUAAACGCUCGUGUUCCAACCUUGAAACAAGGGAGGUGCUGAAGAAUAUGGCUGAGCGGAUGCCUCCUUCAAAAUCUCAUUCUUUCAAACACUUGCAGAAUUUUAUAUAUAGAAAAAAGGAGGAAGUUGAAGCAGGAAUUCAAAGCAGCUCAGAAUCAGUAACAACCCCUCGCAGUGCAGACAGAGUGAUGCUAAAGAAGCAUUCUUCAAGCCAAAUUCUCCCUUCCAGGAGUAGAAGACUCUGGUGGAAACUGUUCCUCUGGAGUCACAGGAACCUGGAGAAGCCAUGGAGCAUGAAACCACGACCACUCUCCACCAUUCGUACUUCAAACCAGAAAGGUGGGUAUUCCUCGGAUACUCUGGAACCAAACCAGGCUAAGGAGUUGGACAAGCUGGAAUCACCUGGAUCAUUCACUGGAGAAUCCAGAAACAACAGCUCAAACUGGAAUAAUAAGUUCCACAGUGGAUCUACUGGAUUAUGGCCCCAGAACCAGUGGGUUGCUUUUCCUUCAGAGUCUUCAUCCAUGACGAGAGUGGAUGAGUGGGUAAACAGUCUUGAGACCCAACCACCUCUUUCAAAUAAUGGCGAAGAUGCAGCUGAUGAAGAUAUUGCAUUUCCACCUUCUCCUGAUGCAUCACCAGCUAGAAACACAAGUCAAAUGAACCAAUGGCCUAAUCAUAAUUUCACAGAAGAAGUUUCACACGCCAACAAUAUGAUCCAGUCUCUGAAUUCAUCCUCAACUGUAGCCCAUAUCGCCAGUAUGGGUUUGAAAGUCAUCCCUUCAAUUUCUCGAUUCUCAAGUCUUCGAUCUGUCAACUUAUCAGGAAACUUCAUAGUCCACAUUACUCCUGGCUCACUACCUAAGAGCCUUCAUACCCUCAACUUGUCCAGAAACAAGAUUGUCGUUAUUGAGGGCCUCAGAGACCUGACUCGGUUGCGAGUACUUGAUCUCAGUUACAACAGGAUCUCCCGAAUUGGCCAAGGUUUGUCAAACUGUACUCUCAUCAAAGAGCUAUAUCUGGCUGGAAACAAGAUCAGUGAUGUAGAGGGGCUACACAGACUCUUGAAGUUGAUGGUUCUGGACCUAAGCUUCAACAAGAUAACCACGGCUAAAGCACUUGGGCAGCUAGUGGCAAGCUACAGCUCCUUAUUAGCUCUGAAUCUGUUGGGCAAUCCAAUCCAGAGCAACAUUGGGGAGGACCAGCUGCGGAAGACGGUCUCUGGAAUCCUCCCACAGCUAGCUUACCUGAACAAGCAACCCAUCAAGCCACAGAGGGCACGGGAGGUGGCCACAAACAGUGUUGCAAAAGCUGCCCUAGGGGGCAAUGAAUGGACCUCUCGCAGGAAGGCACUGAAACGAAUGGGCCCAGGUGGAUCCUCUUCAUCCAGCGGACAUAGGAGCAACAAUGCUGGGACCGGACAGAAAAGUAGCCACAGAUCAAAGAGAACUCACCACCACUCCCCUACAAGACGGAGAUCGUCAUUAGGUGCUUCCUUCCAUUAGGAAUUUUCCCCUUGGAAAAUUAUGGUUAGGGACCAUGUCUUAGUUGAAUGGUAAAGCUCAGGCUACCAUCAUGAAGAUUUAAGUUCGAGUCUGAGAGUGGUCAGUUCAUGCAAAAAAGUUGCUGAAUGUUAGGACUGUCACUGGUCCACGGCUCCUGCAACUCUAUGGAAGUGGGACUCCUACAACCCUUUGGGGAAUUAUAGUUGAUCUCUGGAGAUGAACAUUGUCUCUGUCGAUUUUCAACAAUUUAGGGUGGGAUUAUUUAAGUUGUGCUGCAUAUUAAUUUUUCAAUUUGUUUUUGCUGUAGUAGUUGAUUUUCUUUGUUGAUUAGUUUCAAUCAAAGCCUUGGAGAUUCAGUUUGAGUUCAAUUUAAUGUAGAACAGUUCUAAUCUUAGGAUCAGAAUAUAGAUCAGAAGUUGGUUACUACUACAUAAAUGAUGGAUAUUUGUUGCA